AUGGCCGCCAGACCCGCAUGGUCGCCUGGUGACACUCGCCGCCGCCCCGCUGACUCACAGUGAUUUUUUAUCACCUGACUCCUUUGUCAGGAGCGGCCAUAAAGCUUCUGGCGCCGCCAGUAUUUUGAGUGGGAAAAAAAUAAAAAUAAUCGCUGAGUGUAUUUUGCGCCCCGUGGGUGACGUCAUCAGUGCGGGCCGGGCAGUGUAUGGAUCUUGGGACGCGGGGCUAUGGCGGAUAAAGACGCUUGUUGCGAUAGAAGCCUGAGCGGAGGAGGGUAGAGGAGGCCCGGCUGUGCCGCAUAGCGGAGGCCGCCGGUCACACCCGCUUGUAGCUAGUGACGGGGAGCGUGUAAUAGACGAGCAGGGGGCCCUGACAGCAGCAUGUGAGAGCGGCACACACAGCACCGCCAUGGCUGCCGGCUGCAGGGCAGGGGCUUACCCUGGAUGGAAGGUUCACAUCUCCCGGGAGCUGAGGAGGAGAGACCGGGAGCAGAGACAGGCCUUCGAGGAGCUCAUCCUACAGUAUAACAAGUUGCUUGAAAAGUCUGACUUUCAAUCUGUAUUGGCUGACAAGCUGCAAACGGACAAGUACGAUCAGAGCCGCCAUGACAUCAGCCCAGGACCAGAUGGGAUGCGACAUGAGGCUCUGCUACAGGACAUGGCUCAGAUGAGGAUAAAGCACCAAGAGGAGUUGACUGAUCUUCAUAAAAAGCGUGGCGAGCUAGCUCAGACAGUGAUAGAACUGAACAACCAGAUGCAGCAGAAGGACAAAGAGAUCCAAGCCAACAAGGAAACGAUAGAGGAAUAUCAGCGCACAAUCGGUGAACUCCAGACAGAGUGUCAGGAUUUACGGAAUAAGCUGCAGGAACUUGAGCGCAUCAACCAAACCCUGAAGGACGAAUACGACGCUCUGCAGAUCACUUUUAACGCACUAGAAGAGAAGCUGCGGAAAACUACAGAGGAUAACCAGGAGCUGGUCACUCGCUGGAUGGCAGAGAAAGCUCUGGAAGCCAACCGGCUCAAUGCUGAAAAUGAGAAGGACACAAAGAGGAGGCAGGCCAAACUACAGAAAGAACUGGCUGAAGCAGCCAAGGAACCAGUGUCUGUAGAGCAGGAUGAUGAUAUUGAAGUAUUGAAUGAUAAUGCAGAUCCCUCCGGGGAUGCCAUGGCCCCUCCAGUUUCUGGACGAAUGUCUGGUAAGAGACUCUCUCAGCCUGCCGUAGGAGGCCUUCUGGACUCUAUCACUAAUAUGUUCGGCUUGUCUGAGUCUCCCCUCUUGGGCCAUCAUUCUGACACCUCCAGGAGGCGCUCUAUAUCUUCUUUCCCAGCCUCACAGGACAGCACAGAUGCUCAGGCUGGAGGUAACCGGGAGGUUCGCGUUCCAGUGACGGCUCUUCACUCAUUUGAUGCUCAUGAUGGCGAGGUCAAUGCAGUGCGGUUCAGCCCAGGCUCACGACUGUUGGCUACAGGAGGGAUGGACCGCCGGGUAAAGCUGUGGGAGGUGAUUGCAGAGAGGUGCGAGGCAAAGGGAUCAUUGACGGGAAGCAAUGCAGGCAUUACAAGCAUAGAGUUUGACAGUGCAGGUUCCUACCUUUUGGCUGCGUCUAAUGAUUUUGCCAGCAGGAUCUGGACAGUUGAUGACCUUCGCCUUCGGCAUACACUGACGGGACACAGUGGAAAGGUGUUGUCAGCUAAAUUCCUACUGGACAACGCUCGCAUCGUGUCAGGAAGUCAUGACCGUACUUUGAAACUCUGGGAUCUGCGUAACAAAGUGUGUAUCAAGACUGUUUUUGCUGGCUCUAGCUGCAAUGACAUUGUCUGCACGGAGCAGUGUGUGAUGAGCGGGCACUUUGACAAAAAGAUUCGUUUUUGGGAUAUAAGAACGGAGUGUAUAGUACGGGAGUUGGAGCUACAAGGUAGAAUCACGGCUCUAGAUCUGAACCACGAGAGGACGGAGUUGCUCAGUUGCUCCCGGGACGACCUGAUCAAGAUCAUAGAUUUGCGUGCCAGUGCAGUACGACAGACCUUUAGUGCGCAAGGUUUCAAGUGUGGAUCUGAUUGGACUAGAGUCAUAUUUAGCCCUGAUGGUAGAUAUGUGUCAGCCGGGUCAGCUGACGGGGCUCUAUAUUUCUGGAAUGUGAUGACUGGGAAAGUGGAAAAGAUUCUUGGCAAGCAGCAUUGUUCCAGUAUUAAUGCCGUUGCCUGGUCUCCCUCUGGUGCCUACGUAGUGAGUGUGGACAAAGGAAGCAAAGGCGUAUUGUGGUCGGACUUUUGAGUGCUUUCUUACCCAAAGACAAAGCCUGCACUGCUGACAAAUGGCUCUCAGCUGUUCAGUUUGUUAACGGCGCACAGUUCUACUUACGAGCGAUUAGACUCAGAAAAUAUUUAAUGUGCAGACCAUGAGAUUGUGCUAGCCCUGUAGGGGCCCUCAUCGCUGUGAAAUGAAGGAGACAUUAUGCGCUUAAAAACAAGGACGCCUUCUGUGUAAAGAUCUGUAAAGACUGCUAAAUGAAAACAGUAUAUAUAUAAAAUAAUAUAUCUUGAAUUUUACAACCUGGGGGGGUUGUGGGUGAUGUUAAAGAAUUAUGCAGAGUGAAGGCUUUGCUCAUAGGACCCAGUCAGAUUCCAAAGAUUGAAUCCGAUUGGUUGAUGUAGGAACCUAUUUAAUGCCUUCAGUUUAUUUUUGCACCGUUUUUUUUCUGUAAGAUCCCUGUUUUUGUUUAUGGGAAAAGUAACGGUUUUAGAAUGAAUGAAUGGUUGCGAAUGUCGUCUUCUGUACUGAUGGAUGUGGGUUUUAAUUAGCAGAUACACUCAUUUUGCGUUAUAUUUCAUAUUUUCUUUCAAUGCCAAUGGAACCUGUUUUUAAUGUUAAGUUUUCCAACAUGAAAGGCACUUUAGGAUAUGUGUCAAAAAUCCCUUUAAUCCGUCAGCCAUAGAACCGAAGAAAUAUCUUGCUUUUUGAGCAGUCUAGUAGCAAGCUACGAUAAUCCAUGUCUGUGGUCCUGGAAAUGGCAGCCUAAACUUGCAGAUAGAAAGCGAGACAAGUUCUGGAGGAAGAUCUGAAAAUUGAUGAGCCCAAAAUCAACUAUAAUGCUAGUAACCCCUUAGCAUCGUGUCUAAUUGGUUGUUUCUCUGUCUUUCACUUUUGGUCCUGCAGAAUUCUGAUUGGGAAGUUGAAAUGAAAAGAAUUCUUGAUUAAAGGAAUUGUAAUUCACAACUUCCACAACAAA